CUAUUAGCAGUGCCGAAGAAGAAAAUGAUCUUGCAGAAAUUUUGUUUUGUCUUCUUACUCCAUGCAUUUGUGCAUAUAAUUGAAGCAGCUCCAUUUAUUGGUGCCGGAAUUGGAAUCAGAGGUAGUCUUGGAGGGUGUGGACCAGGACUUGGACUUGGAGCAUCUGCUGGAAUCGGACUUGGGGGAAUUGGGGGAGCAGCUGUAGCUGGGCUUGGAGGAACCGCUAUGGCUGGGCUUGGUGGAAGCGCUGUAGCUGGACUUGGAGGUAGAGCUCUAGGGAUUGGAGGAAGCGCUGUAGCUGGGCUUGGAGGUACUGCUUUAGGGCUUGGAGGAAGCGCUGUAGCUGGGCUUGGUGGUGCAGCUCUAGGAAUUAGAGGUAGUGCUUCCAUUGGAUUACGGUCUCAAAUUCCUGUUAGUAAUUACCAGUCCGAUUACAAUCGACAUUAUGUACGCAUACGCCAAGAAACUUUGAAUGUGAGACACCAACAACCACCACCGUGUGGACCACCGCCCCCACCACCAUGUGGGCCACCGCCCCCACCACCGUGUCCGCCACCACCACCACCGUGUCCACCACCACCACCACCACCACCCAGAACACAUGUACAAACUGAAAUACUAGAAACAAGAUCACAAGUUCUCCCACCUAUCAACGAAGGAUGUAACCAAGGCCCCCCUGAUGUGUUAGUUAAUGUUCGACGAAGCAGUUUAGCAAGUAACUGUUCUAAAUAAAUAUCAAAUAAUUUGCAGAGGAUUUUCAAAUUUUUUAAAUUCGAUUAAAAAAAUUAAUGAAUUAAUUAAAAGGAAUUAUUAACCAUUUUCGAAUAACGUUGAAACUGCAUUAAUUAUGGCUUAAAUAUA